AUAAUACAUAUUUAUAUGAAUUUUCGAUCUGUGCUCCGUAUAUAAGAAGCAUAUAUUUCAUAUAAGUUAUAAUCGUAUAGUGUGAACUUAAGCACAAAUGCGGCAGUAAACGAAAGUAAUAAAGUAGGAGAUUGUUCUAGGUCGCAGAAGAUGACUGAAGCUUCUUGAGAUAGGAAUUCUCCGCAUGGAUUCGCCUUAUACUUUGUAUCGCUCUGGUGACAGCUCGACUGGACCAGAAAGUAUGACCAUCGAAUAUGUAGCGUCAGUGACAACGCCAGAUAGCUAGGAUGAUGCAUACAACGAUGGUUUGACUGAUCAACCUGAAGGUCGAGAUGCAUUUGCAGCGAUGAUGUAUAGGCUAACCAGCGUUAACCAGAACUGGAACAAAAAAGCCAACCAAUGAAAAUCAAAUUGAUUCUAUAGUUAUUUAUCUACAGCCAAAACAAAAAGUCCAAAGUUUGCUUUUUAAUUAGUAAUUUGUCAUGACAUCUAUUGAUGAUAGAGUAAAAGGAGAAUAUCACUUUCCUAGAGAAAGAAUACCAAAGAUAAUGAAAGACGAAAACAAGACACCGCUUGUUAUCGUAGCCUGUGGUUCUUAUUCACCUAUUACGUAUCUCCAUUUACGCAUGUUUGAAAUGGCCAAGGAUCAUUUUCGUGAAAAUAAGGAAUACGAACUUGUUGCGGGGUAUUAUUCACCUGUAUCUGAUGCAUAUGCAAAGGAGGGCUUGGCGGAAGCUCAUCAUCGAGUCAACAUGUGUCAGCUUGCCGUGGAUAGUACCUCAGACUGGCUAAUGGUAGAUCCUUGGGAGUCACGGCAAAAUGUUUAUCAACGAACAGCUGUUGUACUAGACCAUUUCGAUCAUGAACUAAAUGAAGUUGGAAAAGGAAUAAAGAUGAGCUCAGGCGGGACAAAAAAGAUAAAAAUCAUGCUAUUGGCUGGUGGUGAUUUGAUCGCUUCAUUUGGACAUCCUGGUGUUUGGUCUUCUGAGGAUCUUCAUCAUAUCGUGGGUGGAUAUGGAUGUGUGAUUAUUGAAAGAACAGGUACAGAUGUCUAUGGGUUUUUAUUAUCGCACGACGUGCUUUAUGAACACAGGAAAAAUGUUGUUAUAAUUAAACAAUUGAUUCACAAUGAUAUUAGUUCAACCAAAGUCAGACUGUUUGUCAAGAGAGGCAUGUCCAUCAAGUAUUUAUUACCCAACCCAGUCAUAGAUUAUAUUGCAAAGCAUAAACUGUAUUUACCUUGAAAAAUUUUUUUCUUUUUUUUUUUUUUUUGCUUGGGUUAGUUUGUGUACCUUUAUAGACAAUAAAGUGAGUUGCACAACUUAAAAUACAGGCAUGUAUGAUGAGAAAAAUGAGCUCCCGUCUCUCUUUCUCUCUCUCUCUCUUUUUUCCCUCUUGUAAAUAUAUUUA